AUGUAAAACGAUGAUAAUGAAUGGUAAAAAGUAGUUCAAACUACUACAAGAAUAGAUUAAUAAAUCAAGAAUAUCAAAAUGAGAUUACAAUCAGCACUUACAUAAUUAAUCAUAUAAUCAGAAGAAUAAAAUAAAAUUACUAAUCCAGAUCCAAUCAUUCAAAAAAUUAAUCCUCCUUUAAUUAUUUAACAUAACAGUAGAUCAAUAGAAAAAAAAGAUAAACCUGCAUUAAGAUAAUGUGCAUCCAAAUCACCUAUUCGAACUCCAGAUAAUAAUACAGAUUGUCCAUCCCCAAUAUCCACCUUAUCUAAUAAUUCAACACUUAGAAUGCAAUUAAAAUAAGCUGAACUUCUUAGUCCUAAAUAUUAAAAUAUUUCUGAUCGAUUUCAUAUUGGAAAAUUCUUAGGAAAAGGCAAAUUUAGUGAUGUCUUUUAAGCAUAGUAAAUCUUUUAAUUAAGAUAGAGAAAAAACUUCAAAAGUAUUAGUUGCUCUAAAAGUGAUCUAAAAAACUGUUAUUAGUAAAUAUAAAAUGGAAGCAUAACUUGCACAUGAAAUCAAAAUACAAAGUUAUUUGAAUCAUCCUAAUAUCUUAAAACUAUUUGGAGUCUUCUAAGAAUAAACUAAAGUAACUCUUGUUAUUUAAAUUAGAUUGUUUUAAUUCUUGAAUAUGCACCAGAUGGAGAAUUAUAUAAAUUAUUAAAAAAAUAGCCAAAUCGAAGAUUUACAGAGAAUAAAGCUGUCAAUUAUAUUGCAUAAAUUGUAGAAGGAAUUUCAUAUAUGCAUAAAAUGAAAGUCAUUCAUAGAGAUAUCAAACCUGAAAACAUUUUAAUAAGUCUAGUAUAAAAUUCUUAUCAUAUUAGUAAUUCUUAAAAAUUGCAGAUUUUGGUUUAGCAACUUACUCUCCAGAAUCAAAACCAAGAUAAUCGUUUUGUGGAACUAUAGAUUAUAUGUGUCCAGAAAUAGCAUCAGGAUAAGAUUAUGACCAUUCUGUUGAUUUAUGGUCUAUUGGAAUUUUAGCUUAUGAAUUAACUACUGGAACUACUCCAUUUUACUAAUCUUCUAAAGAAGAUACCAUGAGAAAAAUCAUUGAAGGAAGAGUUGAUUUCCCAAAAUAUGUUUCAAAUGAAUUAUAAGAUUUUACUAAAUGUUGCUUAAGAAAAGAUCCAUAAUAGAGACUCAGAUUAGAUUAAAUGGCUAUUCACAAAUGGAUAUAAAUAAAUCAUCAAUCUGGUGGUUAAUAUGAUAGAAUGUUAGUUCAAUCUUUGGUGACUAUUUUAAAAUGA